AAGAUACGUGAAUUCAGUUGGUAGUUAUUGCGGUGUAUUGAAAAUAAAAGGAGAGUAAAAUUGAAUAAAUAUUGAAACAGAGAGUGAAAAACAUAGAUUGAUAGAGUAGUGAUGAGAAGAUGAAGGAGAAGAUAGAAGAACUAUGGAGUGAAGUUCGUGAGGUGAGUUUAGGAAGCAAUGGAAUAAUAGAGAGAUUAGAAUCUCCACCAACUCCACUCCAAUUCCUUCGCAACUUCAUCAACCCAAACAAACCCUGCAUCAUUUCCAACUCCAUCUCUCACUGGCCAUCACUCUCUUCAUGGACCAACCAUUCCUACCUCACUCAAACCCUCUCUUCCACCACCGUCUCCCUCCACCUCACCCCCACCGGCGCCGCCGACUCCCUCGCCCCUCUCCCCACUUCCCCUUCCUCUCUCUGCUUCGCCUCCGCGCAUGUGCAGCGCUUGCCUUUCCCUGACGCGCUCCGUUUAAUCAAUUCCUCUAACCCUUCCGAGCGUGUGGCGUACGCGCAGCAGCAGAACGAUUGUUUUCGUUCGGAGUAUUGUUCUCUUGCUAAUGACUGUGAUUCUCAUAUUGGUUGGGCUACCGAAGCUUUUGGUUCGGAACCCGAAGCUGUUAACCUUUGGAUUGGAAACCGUUAUUCUCAAACUUCGUUCCAUAAGGAUCAUUACGAGAAUCUCUACGCUGUUGUGACUGGUGAAAAACACUUUCUUUUGUUCCCUCCUACUGAUGUUCAUCGAUUCUACAUUCGUCACUACCCUGCUGCUACUUAUACAUAUUCUCAAGAGAGUGGAGAGUUUGGUUUGGAACUUGAGAAGCCGACUAGAUAUGUUCCUUGGUGUAGUGUGGACCCUUUUCCUUCCGCGGAGAACUUAGAAGAUGAGAUUUCCAAGUUUCCAUUGUAUUUCAAUGGCCCUCCACCGUUUGAGUGUACUGUCAAAGCUGGGGAGAUUCUCUACUUGCCAAGUAUGUGGUUCCAUCAUGUUAGACAGAGCGGGGAUGAUGGAGAAUUAACUAUUGCGGUGAACUAUUGGUAUGAUAUGCAAUUUGACAUUAAGUAUGCUUAUUUCAACUUUUUACAAUCCAUUGAUUACCGAUCUUGUUUGAGUCCAAUGAUGCUUGAGAACUUGUGUGAGGAGAUAGAUUCCGGUCCCGAUGACAAUGACACUAGAUGAAUUCUCAUUUAACAGCUGUUGAUAUUCGGCAAUGUGGAGGCUUCAAGUGAAUGCCGAAGACAAAAAAAAUCAAGGCCUUUUUGGCAAAUUCACUACAGAAACAAUGUGGGGAAACAUUUCCCAAAACAAGCAACGACUUGCUUGCUGUUGUCUUGACUUGUGACGAGUGCUAACACAAUUUUGUUUUGUCCUUCAUUUGUAUCAUAUGAUAUAUGAUAUGAUAUCAAUUCACCCCCUUACCAUUUUCCUCUUUCUGAUGGGGUUGUUGUAAUAGUCAUGUUGGAGGAAACUGACAUCUAAUUUUUCUCUGUUGGAUUUUUCUAAUUGUUUUUCCCGUAAGCUUUUCCAAAUUAUUCUACAUUGUUUGUGCAAAAUCGUUGUUUUCUCAAUUGAUAUUAAUAAGCAAUACCUAUUCAUUCUUUGCC